GGCGUCGACAGUCCUCCAGGUGGGCUGAUUCCUCCUCCAGGAAGGAAGAAAAAAAGAAAAAAAAAAGAAGAUCAUGCCUCCAUCCCAGCCUCACAAGCUUGCAGCACGCUGGGACAACCGGACGUCUAAUGUGCGCCACCCAUGGUUCUUCCUCACUCCUCCAAUGUGGACUUUGCAUGAUGCACCUUUGAGGCUUCGAGAAUGUUCCACCUCUCUGGGACUUUGCCAGCCGUCACUUGUGCGCUCCUGUUUGGAAUAACGUCCCUGGCCGUCGUCUGCGACCUCGCCGAGGGUUCCUCAGACUUUUCAGGCUACUUGUCCAAAGUGUUGAAAAACUACACCGAGCAGGCCUGUGACGGAGACCUCCUGUCUGUACGCUGCCCGCCACGAACUACCAUCACCGUCCAAUCGGCUUUUUACGGAAGAAAAGGCGUCUCGGACGUCCAUCGGUGUCCUCAGACCUACCGGGCCUUCCUGGGUUAUUACGAUGCCGGGGAGGAUGAGUUUUGCUCCGUAUCAACUGCACUGCAGAAAAUGCUGGACGAGUGCCAAGACAGAAGGAGCUGUCAAGUUCUUGUCAACAGUCGAGUGUUUGGAAUGGACCACUGUCCUGGCAGCAGCAAAUACCUGGCAGUGUGGUACAAGUGCAGACCCAAUGAGUACAAGAGUAAAGUGGUGUGCGAGGAGGAGAGGAUGAGGCUGAGCUGCAAACGAGGGAUGCAGAUCGCCGUUUACUCCGCCAUGUUCGGCCGAACCCAACAAGGCGCCCUGGAGUGUCCGCUGUACCACUGGAGAGCGCCGCCUGUUGACUGCCAGUCGUCCAUUGCCCUGCAGGUUGUGACCUCCCGCUGUCAGGGGAAGAAGAGCUGCACGGUCCGGGCAUCAUCCAGGGAAUUCGGGGAUCCCUGCUACUCUGGCACCAGAAAGUACCUGAGCGUCAUCUACACUUGUGUCCCGAAAAAGUUACUGCAGGAACAAAGCUCCAAACCACCUGUGUACUCCUCGCCAUCCAACGCCCAUGACCCCAACAUCGUAGGAGACAGCCCUCCUCAGGGAACCGCGGUCAAACGACCCGACGCUGUUCCAGAUCGGAAGCGCACCAGAGAGACCAGCGGCAACCAGGAGAGGUAUCCGGAGGUCGACAGGGAAGGGGGAGGAGAGAGUCCGUCGUUGAGGCCCCCGGAGAUAAAUCCCAUUAUCAACUCCACCUCCGGCUCCGGCUCCGGCAUGGCCCUCAUUAGCAACGCGCUGGCAGCGUUCACAUACGUCUCAAACCACCCAGAGAGGGCAGCCCUCUUCUUCGUCUGCGGCGUCUGUCUGGGCCUCUUCCUCACCCUCUUCGCACUGGUGGUCCAGAUCUCCUGCCGCACCGACUGCCAGCCCCGCCGGCGUCCCCCGGCCAAGAAACGCACGCGCCCGGCGGCCUCCUCCUCCGACUCCAGCGACUCGGACUCGGACUGGGACACCGCCUCGGACCUGUCGGCGCGGCGGCACCGGCGCUUCGAGCGCACGCUCAACAUGAACGUGUUCACCUCGGCGGAGGAGCUGGAGCGAGCGCAGCGGCUGGAGGAACGGGAGCGGAUCAUCAGGGAGAUCUGGAUGAACGGGCAGCCCGACAUCCCCGGGACGCGGAGUCUCAAUCGGUAUUACUGACCGAGGCUUUGGACGCCAAACUUAUCUGAUUUUUCGGGUGGUCUGUAGCCCCUGCAGACUUAAGGACCAAAUAAUUCCCUCCGUGGUCUUUGCUCCUUUGGGUACCAUGAGAUAAAACCCAGGAAAGUCCAAAUGCUGACCUCAGGAGGCCUUUUUUUUUGAAGCAGGCUCUAGGACCCUCGUAGGCCUGAUUGAAGGAGCCAGGCCAGGACCAUUUCUGCCUUUACCAAAAAAACUAUAUUUUUCUCAACCCCCACCCUUACCAAAUCUAUUUUAUAAUAUUUAAUAGUUGUUCUUUCUCAUAUAUUAUGAUGAAAUAUUUUUAUACUGUCUGGCGCCUCAGGGAUGCAAUCCUCCUGUCCGUGUUCGGUGUUGCCUUCUAAGAGCCUCAAAGAGGUUUUUAGUGAUUUUAUACUUAUUUUUCGAUACAGUGCCUUUGCAAGCUAUAAGGUCCGACGACUAGAAAUACCAAAUAAUUCAAAGUGUUGCCGUUUUUUUGUUUAAAUGGGACCACGGGUCUCAUAACCAUCCAUCGGGCGCUGAAAUCCUGUUGCCAUGACGAUGCAAGCUAUUUACAAUCCAGUUCUGUUCGUGCUUCCUUGGAUUCGAGUGUAGAAAUGAUAUUUUUUUUUCAUUGGAUGUGUAUUUGUUGACUUGAUAGCACACAGGACAUAUUAGGGUCACCCACAUUGGGACAGCCUGUCUAAGCUGUAUCUUUUUUUAAAUUUUUUUUUUAGAAUGGUUCAUGCUGUUUUAAGGACAUUUUUGUUUGGAAUAUAAUGUUUUAAAAAUAA